CAGCGUACUCGUUUCCCCAGCAAGAACAACUAAAGCCAUGGCUGCGAAAACAUCCAGAGCCGAUUUCGAGGCGGUCUUCCCCUCACUCGUUCAGGACCUUACCGAGCAUGCGCAGCAAUACGGAGUCCCUGCUACAGCUCUAGAAUGGUUCCAAAGGUCCCUCAAUGCGAAUACACCUGGGGGAAAGCUCAAUCGCGGUCUCUCCGUUCCCGACAGCGCCCUCCACCUCCUGAACCAGCCCCUGACAGACAAGCAAUUCAAAGACCUAUGCACACUCGGCUGGCUUACGGAGCUCCUACAGGCCUUCUUCCUCGUCUCUGAUGAUAUGAUGGAUACUUCCAUCACCCGCCGUGGUGAACCAUGCUGGUACAGGCGCGAAGGCGUGGGCAUGAUCGCCAUCAAUGACUCAUUCAUGCUUGAGUCUUCCAUCUAUGUCCUCCUCAAGAAGCAUUUUCGCUCUCACCCAGCCUACGUCGAUUUCAUUGAACUAUUCCACGAAAUCACCCACCAAACCGAGCUUGGCCAACUGUGCGACCUGCUCACCGCCCCGGAAGAUCAUGUCGACCUGAACAACUUCAGCAUGAACAAGUUCACCUUCAUCGUCAUCUACAAGACCGCCUAUUACAGCUUCUACCUCCCUGUUGCACUCGCACUCCACUACCUGCAGCUUGCCACCCCAAAGAACCUCAAGCAGGCCCAUGACAUUCUCAUCCCGCUGGGUGAAUACUUCCAGGCCCAAGACGACUUCCUCGACGUCUUCGGCAAACCAGAGCAAAUCGGUAAAAUCGGAACCGAUAUCCAGGACAACAAGUGCUCAUGGGUUAUCAAUCAAGCCCUCCUUCGCUGCUCCCCUGAACAGCGCAAGGUCCUUGAUGAGUCCUACGGCAGAAAGGACAAGGCACUCGAAGCUAAGGUCAAGGUCGUCUUCAAUGAAUUGGAUAUGAUCAAGGUCUACCGUGACUUUGAGGAAGACCAGGUGACGAAGAUCAGAGGACUCAUUGCUGCACUCGAUGAAUCCGAGGGAUUGAAGAAGGGAGUGUUUGAAAGCUUCCUGGCAAAGAUUUACAAGCGCGAUAAAUAGGCGCCCAAGCUCUCCCCUCCUUCCGUCUUCUAUUGCAUUCAUUUUAUUAUCCUAAUAUUUGUUUCUUAAAAAGACCAAAGAAGGAACGACUCUGAUUAAUUCCGUGCAUGCGCGUCCAAAGCAUAGUGAGAAAUUAUGUAUAUAUUCCUCAGUCACCAUAGGUAGGGUAUUUCCCCCAAGAUAUUCUCAUCGCCUGAUCGUGAACAAUGGAUUAAGAUGUUGUACCUUAUGUCGACAAAUAUUCCACAGAUACCCCGAUAGAAUACAAAUGCAGUGAUGUCACCAAAGUGGUAUUUCUGCUGAAUAGCACACCCCCCCAAGCCUUGUCACUAAUUUUAGAGUACACCAAGCAAAAGCAGGAAUAAGAUAG